GUAACAAUGAGGCGAUCAUAAAUACUAGCAUCUAAGGUCCAUUAGAGAAGAGAAGCUAAAGUAUACUACAUCGGGGGAAAAUAAGCGAAGGAGAAAAGAUGGGGGGAGGAAUGGAGACAAACAAAAACAGAUUCAUUGAAGAUUGGAGCUCGGCAAGAGAGAAUCUGGAGCACAACUUCCGCUGGACUCGCCGCAACUUGGCUCUCGUCGGCAUUUUCGGCAUCGCUAUCCCCGUCCUUGUCUACAAGGGCAUUGUUCGAGAAUUUCAUAUGCAGGAUGAAGAUAAUGGUAGGCCAUACAGGAAGUUCCUGUGAGUUAUUUUCUGCGAUGCUUGAUAAUAAAGUUUUUGACGAGUGAAACUGGGUUUUAUCUUGGACAACAAGUGUUAUUAAUUCGGUUUCUAAACUUGUCGUAAUGUUAAUCUUGAUCCAUAUCCUGUAUUGCUCCUUUUAAGUUUCUGGUGCACUUUUUCAACCAUGUAUUGCUCCAUAUUAUGUUCAAAUUUAAGUUCGAGUCCUUAUGUUUCAA